AUGAUUCUGGAAGACGAGGAAGGUCCACCCAGAAAGCGUCAGAGGCACUCUCCGGAGCGACAGACUUCGUCAUGUCGUCGAAUCCUGCUCGAAGAGAUCGACCUUGAAGUAGCGCUCCGAGAACGCUUGACGUCCACCGUGCAAUCGAGGAUCACCUGGGCACUGCUCUUGCAGGAGGCACUGGAGAAGGACGUGCGACAUCCUGGCCUUGAUAGUACCGCAGAGUUUCGCACUGCCGCUCUGGACGCCCUGGAAGCUAUCGAAGCACCUUGCCAUCCCAUCUUCUCUAGGGAUGUAUGCCUACCCUUACCACGACCUGCCCCAAUCGCAUCCAUACCAGCACGUGAAGCGAAUAGCGCGUUAGCAGCACCUCCUUCAGCCUACUCAACGCGGAGCCGGGGUGUGCCCCGUGCUGUCCGUCCUCCACCCCGCAAGCUCCUCUUCCUCCGCAACACCGCCUCGUAUCCUCCCCAACUCGCGAAGCUGGCGUGCCCCGAUUGCUCCAGAACGGACUUCUCGAGCCUCCAGGGGCUGCUCAAUCACUGCCGCCUCAGCCACAGGCGCGAGUUCGGGAGCCACGACGAGUGCGUGCAGUGCUGCGCCGUGCUCGUCGAGCGCGCGGAGGACCAGGCGUGGGUCGUCGCGAACGGCACAGAGGUCGGCGGCAUCACCAUCCCCGGCCUCCGGCGCCUGUUUGAAAUCGCCGUCGGGGGAGGACGCGAGGUACCCCUGCUGCCCACGAAGAAGGCCGAGCCGUUGUCGCAGGGUCCCUCGCCCGGCGAUGCUACGCAGCCGGAAGGCCUACGGGUGACGUCGCGAGAGCCGUCCACACCGGUUUCGCGAGCCCUAGGUCACCACGCCGACAGCCCAGCACUCGCACCCUUCCUGGGCCGUGCUCCAAAACAACGUGUCGUUCACGCCCAUGGCGAGGACCGGCCCGUGGACAUCUUUGGGGACGAGGGCUCAACGCAGAAGAAGACGCGCUGGCGCAUGCCCUAUCCGCAUCGUAACAAGGCACGUGCCGCACUCGAUGAGGCUGUCGAGCCGCCUGCCCUGAGUGCAGACCAGAUGUCGGAGCGUUCAGCACCCGCGAGCGAGACCGCUGUGCCGAAUAUGCCAGGCCCAGUGAGCCGUUUCCACAUGAUGGCGCGGGUGAGCGUGCGAGAUAUGAGUUUUUGGACACCUCCAAGUAAGCGCGAUGCAGCGCAACCAGAGCACACCCAUCGAUGGCGACUGGCGGUAUCGUCCCCAAGCUAUAGUCUACCUCUGAACACAAUCCUCAAGAAGAUGACCAUACGGAGCGUGACCGACCCGCCUCCAACCACGUUGCUCGAGCCCAUCACCCUCGACAAACCGCCCUUCGUCGUGACGAGCACAACAGAUAAACCAUUCUUGGCACGCAUUACGUUCGAGUGGGUGGGCGCGGAUGGGCAGAACCCACCUCUGGACGUGGAGCACUGGGUUGAGUUGGAUCCACUACGGCGAAGCCAUGCUGUACUCGGAGACGAGCAGGUGUUUGACGUUGGUCUUGAUCGCUCGACUGAGCUGCUCCCCGUUCAAGAUAAGCAGGAGCGAGAGGUCAGCUGGGAAAUGGGUGGCGUUGUCCAGAGCUCCGACCUUGGUGCUCCGUCUGCAUCCCAGCACCUCUUCCAGGAAGAGGUGGAGCCAGCCUCGCUAGAUUAUGCCGUCAGACUCAAGUCCUUGGUCCCUCAGUUCCCAUUGACAAUGAGGGGUGCGACAUCCUUUGUGCUGAUCAGACAUUUACGUUCUUAUCUUUGUCGCCGGUUGUCAUCAAGACGGAUCCCAUACACCCUCGUUGCGACACCGGCACAGCUCCGGAACCUCAUUGAUGGACGUCGAAAAGCUAUCGAGUGGGGUCGUGCACUUGCAUUGCGUCAGGCCUACGAGGAGCUAUGUGCCUCGGAGCCAUGGCCUGACGGCAGACUGGACAUACCGCUCAUCACAGGCGAUGUUUUCCGAUGGUUGGAAGAUGAAGGGUUGUUCUUGCGACAAGCGCGGAAAGUGGUUCUAGACAACGGUACUGCAAGUUCGAAAGCGAAAAAACAGACGAUCAAACCGGAGGAGGAGCGUUCUGCAGGAGAGUAUUGCCGGCACUGUGGGCUCUAUUACCUGAACCAUCCAGCGCCACCGAGUCGCGAUGACCACGAGCCAGCUGCUUUCGAGGCAGGUGACACGAAGCUAGAACCUACUGCGCCCGCCACCCCGCAUGGCCCACUCGUUUCCUCGAUGACAUGUCCGCAUUUCCACAACGAGGCCAAGGCUGCCGACCCGCCCGUCAUAGAUGUCAACCGGCUGCUGACGGCGCCGAUCCCGCAAGUUGACAAUCUGACAGGAGCAACAUAUGGUCUACAUUCCUCACUUUUUGGCAGCGGUCUAGGUGGCGGACCCUAUGGUGAAAACUUCUCUAGCGCAUCUCCACGCGCGACUGCUCGUGAUCUGCUGCGAGCGAGCGACCCCAAGCUCGUCCUCGCGAUCCAGGACCUGGCCGCCAAAUGGAAGUUGGACCGUCUCUGCAUGCCCGCCGCCGACAGUCCGCCGUCGCUGCUGCACAGCGAACCCAAGGAAGCACGGGAAGGCGGGCUUGCCCCGGCCGCGCUGCUAGCGCUUGCUGCGCGGUCACUCGUGGGGACGCUGACGAAAAGUGCCGUGGCAGAGCUUCGGGGAGACGAAGAGGCCGGUCUGCGAGAGGUCUCGCUCCGCACGAGACCGCAGCGGGCAGAGCAGCAGCAACAGAGACCGCGGCUACUCACGCCGGCGCACGUCGCGAGGGGACUCGCGCGGGACGGCGCGACCGUGGCGGCGUGCGGUGCUAUGUUGUUGGCCGUGGCGCCGCUAGGGAUUGCACUGCCGCCCGUGAACGCUGACGGAGAUGAAGGGGCCGCGCGCGCGCAGUGA